AUGUCAACAACACUUGGUGCAUUCCUUGCUGGUGGUAUCGCAGCCUGUGGUGCCGUUACUGUCACUCAUAGCUUUGAGACCGUCAAGAUUAGAUUACAACUACAGGGUGAAUUGCAGACGAAGAAUGAGGCUGUGAAGAAGUAUAAGGGUGUCUUGCACGGUAUCAAAGUCAUCCUCCAGAACGAAGGCCCACGGGGUCUGUUCCGAGGCAUUGGCUCUGCUUACUGCUAUCAGAUUCUGCUCAAUGGAUGCCGUCUAGGUUUCUAUGAGCCCAUUCGCUCCAAUCUCACAUCGGCCCUCUACAGCGAUUCCGCAGUUCAAUCUCUCGGCGUCAACGUUGUCGCUGGUGCUACAUCUGGAGUCAUCGGCGCAGCUGCUGGAUCUCCCUUCUUCCUUGUAAAAACCCGCCUGCAAUCUUACUCGCCUUUCCUUCCCGUCGGUACCCAGCAUAAAUACAAAAACUCGAUCGAUGGUCUGACUAAGAUCUAUUCGAGCGAAGGUGUGAAGGGUAUUUACCGUGGUGUCGGUGCAGCCAUGAUCCGGACCAGUUUCGGCAGUGCUGUUCAACUCCCGACUUAUUUCUUUGCUAAACGUCGUCUGACCCGACACCUGGGCAUGGAAGAAGGCCCCGCUCUCCACCUGGCUAGUAGUGCCGCUUCUGGCUUCGUCGUGUGCUGCUUCAUGCACCCUCCUGAUACCAUCAUGGCUCGCAUGUACAACCAAUCAGGAAACCUCUACCAAGGCGUUUUCGACUGUUUGUUCAAGACCAUUCGCACAGAGGGUGUUCUCGCCAUCUACAAGGGCUUCGUUGCUCACCUGGCCCGAAUUCUACCCCAUACUAUCUUGACCCUCAGCUUGGCAGAGCAAACCAACAAGCUGAUGCGACGUGUCGAGGAUCGCAUCCUGCCUGACUCAUAUCGUGGGAUUUAA